AUGGCAGCACUACUUCUUUUUGUCCUUGCUGUUCAGAUACUAUGGCUUCUGUAUAUCAAACUCCCGAACCAAGCGUCACGCACGGCUCAAGAGCAACGACGAGCGAAGCUUGAAGCAAUCCAGCUUAAGCGAGAGAUGGCCGCUACCAGCUCCCAAGACGAAUUUGCGAAAUGGGCGAAGCUACGAAGACGACAUGAUAAAGCUAUGGAGGAAUAUGACGUUAAGAAUAAAAAGCUGAACACGUUGAGGGUUUCCUUUGACUGGACGAUCAAGACUGUCCGGUGGGUUUCCACCACCGGUAUAACCCUCAUCCUUCAGUUCUGGUUUUCCAAAUCACCUAUUUAUGAGCUGCCCCGAGGGUGGUUUCCGUGGCAGGUGGAAUGGAUCUUAUCUUUCCCCCGUGCUCCUUUGGGAACCGUGAGCAUACAGGCGUGGGGAGGAGCCUGUGGAACGGUUGUCGCCUUAGUUGGGGGUGCUGUUGCAGCUGUUGCACCGGCUCUGAAAAGCAGUAAGCAGUCCAAGGAACCGGCUGUGGCUCAGAAAACAGGAACUCCAAGAGGGAGCAGGGAACAGACACCCACGAGGAAGACGCAAUAA